UUGAGCGUCAUCAGUUCUGAUCCAAGCCACUGCGGUGAUUAACCUACCAUAUGCAGUGGGCGGGGUUUGUGGUAGCUUGUGUUUCCGGCACACAGACACGCGCACAUGACAGAGAGGCUGUGUGUGGAUGCUGCUCCGCUCUCUGCUGACUGUCUGCUCACACAGUGUCUGCGUCAAGCUCGGCUUCCCGAAGAAGUGUCUGCCGGUGUUCAGCCGCUGGAAGGCGAGACGUGUUUCCCCGAGCCUCGGUUGUUUUUUCAUCCCCCAACUCUACAACAACUUGGCUCUGAUGGCUGAAUCCAAACCUGUGUGCGUCCAGGUUGGAGAGAAGAGAGGCUGUCCAGAGAAUAAAGAAGACACGCCAUCGAAGAAACCCAAAGUAGAGAGUGAUCACGAUAAUGGAGAUGGUCCCCACCAAGAUGAAAAGGAGGAGCCUGAGGAUGAAGGGAAUGAUGGUGAAGAGGAGAAUGGCGAGACCUUUGCUGAUAUGAUGAAGCAUGGUCUCACGGAGUUGGAUGUGGGCAUCCUGAAGUAUGUCAGUGACCACGAGGGCUUCUCAGGCAUCCUAAAGGAAAGAUAUUCAGAUUUUGUGGUGCAUGAAAUCAGCAAACAUGGCAAGAUAGUGCAUUUAGAUGACCUCUCUAUCCCUGCAGAGGCUGAGGAAGUUCCAGAAGCUGAGCAGCAGCCAGCGGAAUCUGACGUACUGACUGAAGAGCAGAAAAAACAGCUUGGAGAGCUGCAGCUCUUCAAGAAUAAAGAGGGCAAUGUCUUCAUUGAGGUGAUGGAUGACACGAAAGAGAAGAGGACACUGGUCCACAAAGCCAUCAAGACUCUGUUUGCUGGUCUGGAAACAAAGACAGAGGAGAAGGAAGGACGCAAGUUCAUUGUGGCAUAUCAUGCUGCUGGGAAGAAAGCACUAGCAGAGGUCAAAACAACUACAGCUCCAAGGAAACACUUUUGGCCCAAAAACCGUGGCUGCUUUUGCCACUUUGUCUUAUACAAGGAGAAUAAAGACACUAUGGAUGCCAUCAAUGUGCUUUCAAAGUUCCUCAGACUCAGACCCAACAUGUUCUCCUACAUGGGAACCAAGGACAAGAGAGCCAUCACUGUGCAGGAGAUUGCUGUGCUCAAGAUCACAGCGGAGAGAUUGGCUCAUCUCAACAAGUGCCUCAUGAACCUCAAGCUGGGAAACUUCUGCUACAAAAACCAUCCUCUAAAGCUAGGGGAGCUGCAGGGAAAUCACUUCACUGUGGUGAUCAGGAACAUCUCAGGAACAGAUGAGCAGGUCCGUCAGGCCAUGUCAUCCCUCAAGCAGACAGGUUUCAUCAACUAUUACGGCAUGCAGCGCUUCGGCACCACGGCUGUUCCUACACAAACCGUUGGCAGGGCCAUUUUAAAAAAUGACUGGAAUGAGGUGGUUGAUUUGAUAUUGAAGCCCCGUCCUGGAGCUGAGAAAGAGUUCCUGGUCCGCUGUAGGGAAGAGUGGGCUAAGUCUCAGGACCCAGAGGCUGCUCUGAAAAAACUGCCCAACAAACGCUGCGUGGAGGGCCAGCUGCUACGUGGCCUGUCUAUGUAUGGAAAGAAGAACAUCGUCACAGCCUUCGGACUGAUUCCCCGUAACAACCGUCUGAUGUACAUCCACAGUUACCAGAGCGUAGUGUGGAACACUAUGGUGAGCCGCAGAAUUGAAGCCUUCGGCCUGAAGGCUGUAGAGGGGGACCUGAUGCUCAGAGGAACCACAGCACAUGUGCUGUCUGCAGAGGAGGCUGAGACCCACACCAUCCAUGAUAUUGUGAUGCCUCUACCUGGGUUUGACGUCAUUUAUCCCACCCACCAUGUUGGUAAAGGUUACAAAGAGCUGCUCUCUGCUGACGGGCUCGACAUUGACAACAUGAGACACAAAGUGAAGGACUAUUCUUUGGCUGGAGCUUACAGACGCAUCAUUAUCAGACCCAGUGAAGUCAGCUGGGAGGUGAUUCAGUACGACGACCCCAGAAUCUCCCUGGUGCAUACUGAUUUUGAGAAAAUGGAGAACAAACCUGCCCCGGUCUUCAAAAAAGAGGGGAAGCACCGGGCUCUGCGGAUGGAGUUCUCUCUGCCUCCUUCAACCUAUGCCACUAUGGCGAUCCGAGAGGUGCUGAAGUUGGACACAAGCAUCAAAAAACAGACGCAGCUCAACACAACCUGGUUCAACUGAGACCGUGUGUGUGUGUGUGUGUGUGUGUGUGUGUGUGUGUGUGUGUGUGUGUGUG